AUGGCGCCUGUUGGCGCUGCGGCGGCUGCGAGGCAGGCGGAACCGAUAUUGACGCGCAUUGUUGAACAGGACCAGAUACCUUGGUACAGAAAGCGGAAUUUGAGGAGGCUGUAUGCACUCUUGCUGCCGACGUGUAUUGGGAUUGAGAUGACUUCUGGAUUUGAUUCGCAGAUGAUCAACGCAGUGCAAAUCGCGCCAACAUGGCGGCUCUACUUCAAUAACCCACAAGGAGCGCUUCUCGGUAUCAUGUCUUCAGCAUACAAUCUUGGCGCAAUCUGCGCUCUUCCACUGGUGCCGUACGUGAACGAUAGAUUUGGCCGACGUUGGGCAAUCUUCUUAGGCUCUUGGAUCAUGGUCGUAGGAUCUGUGGUACAAGCCUUCUCCAUUAGCGCUGGCAUGUACGUCGGCGCGCGCUUCAUCCUCGGUUUCGGCAUACCCUUCUGCAUCAUCGCAGGUUCAUCACUAAUGGGCGAGCUUGCAUAUCCAAAGGAACGACCCAUCAUGACAUCUCUCUUCAACGCACUCUGGUUCGUAGGCUCGCUCAUAGCAGCAGGCGUCUCAUACGGCACCCAAAGCCUAAAAGACGACUGGGCCUGGCGCAUACCUUCGCUGCUCCAAGCCGGCCCAUCACUACUUCAAAUCGUCUUCAUCUUCAUGAUCCCCGAAUCCCCACGUUUCCUCAUCUCCAAAGACCGCCGCGAAGAAGCCUACGCCACGCUAAUAACGUAUCAUGCCGAAGGCGCCACAACCUCCCCCUUCGCCGCCGCAGAAAUGGCCCAAAUCGAACACACGAUCCGCAUCGAACUCGAACAUUCCAAACGCUCCUGGCGCGAGAUGAUCGCCGUCCCCGGUCUACGCAAGCGCGUCAUCAUAGGCUCUUUCCUCGGACUCUUCACGCAGUGGUCUGGAAACACACUACUCAGCUACUAUCUCAACCAGCUCCUCAACAUGAUCGGGUACGACGACCCUGGCUUCGUAGGCAAAGUGAAUGUUGGGCUCAAUAGCUGGAAUCUGGUCAAUGCCGUGUGUAUCUCGCUAUUGUAUUUUAUGUUCCCCGAAACCUACGGUCGCACACUGGAAGAACUCGCGUUCCUGUUCGAAGACCACGCGCUUGCUGAUGAAGCGACGACGCAUGUCGAGAAGCAGAUGGAGUGGGCUGAGAGGCGGUGGAGCCGGAUUGAUGAACGUAUGAGCUGGGAGAUGGAUGUUGUGGUACCGAGGCAGGCGUAUCAUAGUCAAGGAGAACGAGGCAAUGAUGUAGGAACGCUGGACACAAGAGAAACGGUUCAACGGCAUCAGUAUCGGAGACGCAAUAGUAGUUGGGAGGAUCUCAGGCAGCGGGAGUAG